AUUACUGUCAAAUACAUAUACUACAUAUCUACACUAUCAACUACUCAAACUUAAAACCGAAGAAAAAAAAAAAAAAAAAAAACAACAUACUUUUAAAGCCUAAAUAUGCAGGAUCGUAGAGUAUGGACUAAGAGCACUCCAUUCAAACACUCACCCAUUGGAAUAUUUCCCAAAAACCCAAGGCGAUAUUUUCUUGGACCCUCCUGUGACAAAGACGAAGCCAGAAUUGGACUGCUUCUCGGCUGGGAAUAUGGUAACCAAUGGUUACGCAACCGGAAUGAAUUCCUUUCGAAAUUAUCGAAAAGCACGGAAGAAACUUUUAUCAAGCCUGAUUUUAACUGGUGGUUAAAAAACCGGAAAAGCACGAAAGAAACUUUUAUCAAGCCUGAUUUUAAAUGGUGGUUAAAAAACCGGCAUCUAGGACAAAAUCAUUGGCAAAGGAAUAUUACCAUUCAUAUAUCAUCGCAUCACAAAAAUAUGUGUUUGUCAGCAUUCGAUGAGGCUCGAAAAAGACGUCAAUUGGCCAUGCAGAGGAAAAGUGAAUUCAAUUUUUUUCUAAGAAGUAUUCCAGAAACUUACGAAUUAUUAAGGAGAUAACUUAUACAUAUGUUACUAUUCAAUUCCUUUUUAAAACUACCUUAGUUGUACCUAUUAUAGAUUGUACGACUAUCUGAAUAGUAGAUAAAUAUAUGGUGGGAUAUCUAAAUAAUAA